AUGCGCAAGCACUACACCUGGCCGUGUAAGGGCCCCCUGCGAGACGCCCGGCACGAGUUCGGCGCCGCCAUCAUACUAGACCAGGAGAAGCACCUCUGCGGCAAGAGGAUCCCUACCAGCCUGACCAGGGCCGUUUCUUCAAUCUCCCUAAGCAUAAUCAGUCUUUGUAAGCUUGGUGCGCAGCUAACACUGUUCGACGUGCGUACUGUGGUCACUCCAGACCUGUUCCCCAGUCCCGAGGCAUCAUCCGACCAGCAAUGGUCACAGAUGCGGCAAUUCCGGCUCGAAUUCCAUGCCCUCCGCCCAGACGGGCGGUGGUACUUCGUUGGUCCGUGUGGCGAGGAUCUGCACGACUCUGAACAAAGAGGGUAUAAGGCCUCGGACACAGAACAGUACCCCCGCGAAACGGACACGGACGAGGACAUGGACCUUCAUGCCGAGUACAAUGGAAACCUUGGCAAGGCUUACGAUGACGGUUACAAUCUUGACAUGUUCCGCGUUGAACCCUGUAGAGAGUUAAUUGAGCCUCUACUCGCGGCGUUUGCAAAGUCUCUGGCUCGCGACAACAUGCCUUGCCUCGAGGACGCCAGGAUCUUCAUGCACCUGUGGUGGGCGCCUUCAGACGACAUAGAAGCGAAGAACACGAUCUGCCGAUGA